ACACGAACCGAUUGCUUUGUCUCGACCCUCACACGCUCCGUACUGGAGAAAGUAUAAAGUCCAGUCACCUGGACCUUUUGCCAAGAAGCUUUCCAGCAGUCAUUCUGUUACACUCACAAAUGCUCGCAACCACCCUCGCCUUCGCUCUCUCCACGCUGGCCGUGGCCCAGUCAACCGAAGGUUUAUUUUCGUAUAACGGUGGAUACUACCUCAACCUCACCACUUCCAACGUGCAGAAGGGGUGUUACGGUGUUUCUGCAUCGGAGAGUGUCGCGUAUGGGUGUUCUACCACCAACUAUCUGGCGUUGAGUGUUGACCCGGAGACGUUGGUUGUUAACACGAGUGACCACACGUAUGUCACUGGCCUAAAAAUGGGCAGGGUCGUGCGCUAUGGAUGGGCGUAUAACUCGGAUAACUCGAUGUCGAUUGAUGCGGGAACUGUUACUUCCACGAUCGAUUUGACCGGUACCGGGUUUGCGUUCGCGGAUCCGCAGGGGUUGGUGAGUAAUUUGAGUGCAACGACGUGUUUGUUUGCUACGAGCGUUACGGAUCAGAAAAUCGUGCUGGUUGGGAAUUCGACGACGGAGGCUGCUGAUCAGUGUUUGUUGGCGCCGCAUUGUUUGUUUGAUGAUGAUAGUUGUAUCGUCGAGGAUGAUUCGGUGACGCAGUUGGUGAGGGUUGAGGGUGGUGCUCUUGCUACCAGUGCUGCCCCGACUACAUCUUCUGCCUCUUCCACCUCCACUACCUCUACGACGUUGAAGACUACCACUGCUUCCUCCUCUACCACCGUCAAGACCACCACCACCACCACCACCACGGCGAAGACCACUACGAGCACCAAGGCGGCUGCUACCACCACCAAGAAGAAGUCAGGACGUUAAGCUCAGCUGAAUGAUUCAAAAAGCUGUGAGAUGAUGAUGCGUGCAGCCACGUUACUACUACGGGAAGAGCAAAGGUCGUUGGUUAGCCCAUGGUUCUUCGUUCGCUUAUUUCUGUGAUACCUUAUUUCUUCUUUUUGGGCGUUGUCGUCUGGAACGGCGGUGCUUGACCUUCUACGUUAUCCUAAUUCAGAUCACUUACUACAACUUUUCUCUGCCUUCCACGUUCAUUGGUGACCUU